AUGAUCGAAUUAGGACCUCUGCUAUCACCGCACAUUGCUGUAGUUCGCGGUGGUCCCACAUCGAUCCCAACCGUUAUCUUCACCGCGCCGCUUCGAGCGCAGCCGCUUACGCAACUGCACAGUGCUUCAUGUCGUUUUGACCCGACUGUACAUGCAUCUAUGGGCACAAGCAGCGACUGGCAUUCACUCUGUAUUCUGCCAUCAACUAAAAUGGAAAGAACAUCUCCUCACCAUUGUUAUGCUCGUAUCAUUGAGCGAGAGUUGUGUACAUUUUCAUCCCACUCUAGUGUGGAUAGUUUGUUCUUCGUAGUGCUGUUAGGUACUCGUUCGGGAUUCUGCACGGGUUGUCCCUCCAUAGAUAGUAAUUAUGGCGGCAAUCAGAAAGAAGCUGGUAAUUGUGGUAAGGAUCAGUUCCCAGACGUAUACGUGCCGACAGUUUUCGAGAAUUACGUUGCUGACAUAGAAGUGGAUGGAAAGCAGGUCGAGUUGGCCUUGUGGGAUACUGCCGGACAAGAAGAUUAUGAUAGGCUUCGUCCGCUUUCAUACCCUGACACUGACGUUAUACUCAUGUGUUUCAGUAUUGACUCACCUGAUUCACUGGAGAACAUCCCUGAGAAGUGGACUCCGGAAGUCCGGCAUUUCUGUCCAAACGUCCCUAUUAUUCUCGUCGGUAACAAGAAAGAUUUGCGAAAUGAUCCACAGACUGUUCGUGAGCUUGCGAAGAUGAAACAGGAACCUGUGAGACCGGAACAAGGUCGCGCAAUUGCCGAGCAGAUUGGUGCAUUUGCAUAUCUUGAGUGUUCAGCGAAGACCAAGGAUGGUAUUCGUGAGGUGUUCGAAAAGGCAACACAAGCAGCACUUCAACAGAAGAAGAAGAAGAAGAGCAAAUGUGUGCUGCUUUGA